AUGGAACAGGCCCAUCGCGGUACUAUAAAACUGCAGCCCCGCAGCCCGGCAUACAAAGGCCAGUUUCUUCCUACUGCUACUGUCUUUGGUGGCCCGAACUCGCCCGAGGUUCCUGAGGACUGGCAGAACAAGUGGGAUGUCGUCGCUGUUAAAGGCGCAUACGACUACCAUGUCUCCACUUCGGCGCUUUUGACAUCAGAGCAGAGAGCUGCAGAUAAAGAGCGCAAUGACUUCUUGAAAAAGCUUAUUACUAUCACGUACCCAGACUCUAACCAUGAGACAAGUUAUCGGGAUCUCGGAAUAGAUUUCAGGGAUGUCGUGCCACGAAAGUCGUGA